AUGGUGCUGGUGCGCAGGUCGCUCAGCAUGAGCCGCCCCCGUAGCUGCCACGACGCUGACGACCGUGGCUGGAACCCGCUCCAUGUUGCUGCUCGCAAGGGAGACCUCAAGGAGGUCCGACGUCUCCUGGAUGAUGGGAUGGGCGUCAAUGCACCUGCAUGGGGACCAAAAUGUCCUGGUGCUACCCCACUCCAUCUGGCUGCUCAGGGUGGGCAUGUUAAAAUCAUGGAUGAACUACUGGAGCGUGGUGCCAAUAUUGAUGCUCGAACCAAAGGGGCCUGUGGCUGGACUCCUCUACACAUUGCUGCCAAAGAAAGGAACAAGAAGGCUGUGAGGUUCCUGAUUGAGAAUGGAGCAUUCCUUCCUCCUGAGAUGAAUGACCAUAGGUUCAAUCCCCCCCUCCAUUACUGCUCUGGGUUAGAAUGGGCAUAUGAGAUGAAGCGCAUGCAAGACGAAAGUGAUUCGCCUGGCGAGACUUCAUUGAGCUCGGAUAACUAG